AUGCGAACGACCUGUAUUUCAGAGUGGCCUGCGCGUCGUGCGGACCGGCUCAUCGGCGUGGUGAUCAACGAGCGAACGGAGUACCAGGGGACAGCAGUAGAGACCGAGUUCAUUCCCGCGCUCGAGGCCCUUGGCAUCCGAGCGCUGGGCGUCGUGCCGGAGGACCGGAAGCUGGUGUCAUCCACCAUUGACCAGAUCGUCGAGCACCUGGACGGUCGAUACCUGGAGGGCAGCGAGUACGGCGACCGCAUCAUCGAACACUUCCUGGUCGGCGGGAUGGGGCUGGACAGCGGCACGCUGUACUUCGGCAUUCGAGAGGACAAGGCCGUGAUCGUUCGCGGCGACCGUCCCGACAUUCAGAUGGCGGCGCUGCACACUCGACAUCCUGCCUGA